AUCAUCUUUGGUUUCUUUCUUUGAUAUUUUCUCUCUCUUUUUCUCUUCCUCUUCGAACUCACACAUCUUCUUCCAUGGCCGAUCAGCUCACCGACGACCAGAUCUCUGAGUUCAAGGAAGCCUUCAGCCUAUUUGAUAAGGACGGCGAUGGCUGCAUCACCACUAAGGAACUUGGGACUGUAAUGCGAUCAUUGGGCCAGAACCCAACUGAGGCAGAGCUCCAGGACAUGAUAAAUGAGGUUGAUGCUGAUGGAAAUGGUACCAUUGAUUUCCCAGAGUUCCUUAAUCUGAUGGCCCGUAAGAUGAAGGACACUGACUCUGAGGAGGAACUCAAGGAAGCUUUCCGGGUUUUUGAUAAGGAUCAGAAUGGCUUCAUUUCUGCUGCUGAGCUGCGCCAUGUCAUGACAAAUCUUGGCGAGAAGCUGACAGAUGAGGAGGUUGAUGAGAUGAUUCGUGAGGCUGAUGUGGACGGUGACGGUCAGAUCAACUACGAGGAGUUUGUUAAAGUCAUGAUGGCCAAGUGAGGACCACUCAACCAAACUGAAUUUUAAAAGCAUAAAAAGAAAAAGGGAAACAGGGCAGAUAAGUUUGAUGAGAAUUCUAUUUCCCUUUAGGACAUCUUCAUUUGGUGUUAUUAGCUUUGGUUGGUUGUCUAUUUUUCUUGUUUUGCAUUAUUUUGUGGCACUUUUCAUUACUAUCUACUUGUUUGCGCUGUUUCCCGUUUAGUAGUUUGGCUUGUUAGUUUCUCUUUUUAUGUCUGGUAUUUUCUUUAUGCCUUUGAUAUUAUGAACCUAGAACAAUUGGGAUGAU